AUGUACCAGGCCCCUCAAAGACAGCCUGAUAUCCUCGAAGUCCAGAAAUUCUCGCCCGUUCCGACCAAUCUCAAUCUAGAUUCGACCCUCAACGACAGUACCAGUCCCCGUUCAACUCACGAGCAAGGGGCCGACGUUCAGACUCUGACUUUUGCAUUGAACAAGGAAAAGAAGCGGUUUAGCAGCUUGAAGAAUACGUUCCUAUCGGACAAGGGAAAGGUAAGAGCUCAAUUGGGAAUAUGUUGAGUCAGUUUAGGAAGGAAGUUUGAGGUUUAAUGUGUCCGGAAAGGCGGUUUUUACGGGUCAGAAGGCUGGAAAUGGCAUGGUGAUGUUUGAAGUGGCGGCAAGGGGAUUCUCCAUCAAAGACGGGGGCUAUUUUUGUACCUUGACGUGGAAUGUGAGGUAGUUUUCUUAUUUGACGAUGUUUACGAGUGUCGUCACAAUAAGAAAGAUAAGGCAGUACGCUUUUUUUGGUGGUCCGACUACCUGAAACAACAUGCCGAGUAGCCGGGGGAGAACAAUUAAGCGAGUUAUUCCUCGCCUGUUCCCACUGCAAGCAGGAUUAGCCAUUUAUUUUUGAAGGCCGUUUGUCCCACGAAUUUCUGGAGAUGUAUUUGUUUUAGAAACGGGUUUUUUCUGGGGGAAUGCCAUUGAUUCCUUUUGGGCCCAUCCCCCCAAACGUCCCCAGCCCCCACGAGAAUCCCCGGAAGGAAAACACGCCGCCUAACUCUCGGCUUCCCAGCGUAAUGUAAAUCACGGGCUGUAAUUAGACAAAGUUGCGUAACGCCACUUGUUUUCCGGGGGAUUAAAAUGCUCCGUUUCUUUUUUGAGCUAUUCAAAUUGGUUUUAGGGUCACUGAUUUUGUUUUGUUUCAGAAAUUCCAAUCCUCUGAUCUGCUGACCGACCCCAAAAUGCAGACGGUAAGUAUUUUAUAUUGGUUUUUUUGAGUUUAGGUGCUGAGUAAUCUCAAAAACCAUGAAAUUGGAAAGUUUGAGAGGAAAUAAGUGUUUUGAAACAUGUGGAAGUUGCAAGAUUUUCUUAUCAAUUUUUAAUUGUUUUUGGCUAACGUAAUAUCUAGCAACAAUUAAUUUUACGACUUUUGUUGACCUAAGUUUAUGUACGAACUGCCCAAGUUAGUAUUUUUUGUUGCAAACUGAAGAGUAUCCAAUCUUAUUAGCUAAAAUAGCUAUGAAAAUGUCAAAAACAAGAGGUAUUCGCUCCCACGCACCAAUUUACAAUCACUGGCAGCUCUGAUUGAUAAGUAUAAUAAUAACGGAAUGACCUUUCGCCACUCUCUCCCCGAGCUCCAAGUAGACUUGACACUGGGUUGAGUGGGUCGCUGCCAGCAGAAAAAAGAAAGACGGAGACGAAAAAUCGGUCCGGUCAUUCUCUCAAUUCAGCUCUUUUUUUCAAUCUGAAGUUAGGACGGGACUUAUUAGGCAAAGUUUUUUCUGGACGCGGCCCCAAUUCCCGCCGCUUUUCUGGGCCCAUUGCAUGCCCUAGGCGUUUGCGGGGCUUUUUCUCUUGGCAAAAUAUCGGAUUUUUUCGUUUUUACUCCUUUUAUGUACGGUUAAAGUAUUGGAAAUAACUUGGAUGACCUCGGGCGCUCAAUGGUUCGCUUUUAUAUGAACGGAGGUGUUUAUGAUCGAACGUAGAGGGGAUUUGCUUUGUUUUGAGUUAGAUUAGGGUUAGUUUGACGAGUUUGGCAUUUUGGGGAACAGGUUUAUAUUACUCUUGCCAUUAAUAAGUGCCCUUUUAUGCUGAUGUUGUGGGUCCGUUCGGUAAAUUAAUUUGAAAAGGAUGGAAAAUGAGAUUUUAGUAGUUUAGAGACCUUAUUUUUGUUAUGAAUUGGCUCCAUCACCUUUAAAAUUGGAUUAUGUGACACUUGAUCCCUUGGAAAAAUCGCUCUAUUUUUUGUCGUUUAUAUCCCUAUGCGACCUAAAAAUAUUUUUUGUUGAGUCGAAACUGAUUUUUAAUCGCUUGAGAGAAAAGAUUUUGAGAUCUUGAAGAAUUUUUUUUUUCAAUUUAAUUUUACUUGAUGUUUUAAAUCUUAAUUUGAAUGUUCUUAUUUUCAGGUAAAGGCAAACAUGCCAGCGGUGAAAGGUGAUGGCAUGCGUGGCCUGGCCGUCUUCAUAUCCGAUAUCCGAAACUGCAAAUCCAAAGAAGCCGAACUCAAACGAAUAAACAAGGAGUUGGCAAAUAUCAGGGCCAAGUUUAAAGGUGAGUCAUUGCGUGUUUUAACAUUUGCUUUGUUCUGCGUUUAGGCGACAAGACUUUGGAUGGAUAUCAGAAGAAGAAGUAUGUCUGCAAGCUCUUAUUCAUCUUCCUUUUGGGGCAUGACAUUGAUUUUGGCCACAUGGAAGCGGUCAAUCUUCUCAGCUCAAACAAAUAUACCGAAAAACAAAUUGUAGGCAACUUUUUUGAUGCGAUUUUGUCUAUAACUUUGAUAUUUGAGGCUUAUUUUUCUCAUGUUUAAUAUAAUCCUUUUUCAGGGAUAUCUGUUUAUAUCAGUCCUUAUAAACCUCAAUUCCGAGCUGAUCAAGCUGAUUAUCCAGUCGAUCAAGAACGAUAUCUCUUCAAGAAAUCCCAUUCACGUUAAUCUUGCCCUCCAAUGCAUCUCAAAUAUUGGAUCCAAAGAUAUGUGCGAAGCCUUCUCGCAGGAUCUUUUGAAAUUGUUGGUUUCUGGGUGAGUCGAUUUUUUGUUUACAGUUGUUGGAGUUGACUUUUGUAUGGUUUAUUUUUUCAAAUUGGCGAUUCUUACGUUGUACAUGGCGUUUUUUCAGUGAUACGGUUGAUUUCGUUAAACAGAGUGCUGCUCUCUGUCUUCUGAAACUCUUCCGCACCUCCAACCAUGUCCUCCAGCCUGGGGAGUUCUCUUCUCGCAUCGUGCACCUCAUAAAUGACUCUCAUUUGGUAAGUUGAUUUUAUUUUAUUCGAUUCUUCCGCUUUUAGGGAGUUGUAACUGCCGCAGUCUCGUUGAUUGAAGCCCUCAGCAAAAAAUGGCCUGAAGAAUACAAGGGAUGCGUCCCAUUGGCCAUCUCCAGACUCAGCCGAAUUGUGACCUCUACCUAUACGGACCUUCAAGAUUACACUUACUACUUUGUCCCUGCCCCCUGGCUGUGUGUGAAAUUAUUGAGGCUACUUCAAAAUUACCCCCCUCCAGAGGAUCCGGGCAACAGAUCGCGGCUUUUUGAAUGUCUAGAGGGGAUUUUAAACAAAGCUCAGGAUGCUCCCAAAUCGAAGAAAGUCCAGCAUGCAAAUGCGAAAAAUGCAGUCCUUUUCGAAGCAAUCUCGCUUAUUAUUCACCAUGAUACGGAGCCGAGUCUACUGGUCAGAGCCUGCAAUCAGCUGGGAACUUUCUUAUCGCAUAGAGAAACUAAUUUGAGGUAAAGGUUUAAAAGAUUUUUGUAUUAAUUUGGAUAUAAUUAUUGAGUUUGGUGAGAAGGUCCAAAAAAUAUUUAUUUUUUUGCAGAUACCUUGCUCUCGAGUCCAUGUGCCUUCUGGCUACGUCAGAAUUCUCCCACGAAGCCGUCAAAAAGCACCAGGACACGAUAAUAAACUCGCUGAAAACGGAACGAGAUGUGAGUGUCCGACAAAGGGCCGUCGAUCUUUUGUAUGCAAUGUGCGAUCGGUCAAAUGCUGUGAAUAUUGUGAAUGAAAUGCUCAGCUAUCUGGAGACGGCUGAUUAUUCGAUUAGAGAAGAGAUGGUGCUGAAGGUGGCGAUUCUGGCAGAGAAAUAUGCAGCGGAAUACACUUGGUAUGUGGAUGUGAUACUGAAAUUGAUCAGAAUCGCUGGAGAUUAUGUCAGCGAAGAGGUUUGGUACAGAGUCAUUCAGGUAAGAAGGAUAUCUUGCAAGAUAUACCUUGGAGAGUGAAUUUGGGCAUGUUCAGAGGGUUUUUGGAUAAAAAUUUGCAUUUCUUUUGCCGUGUGAAAAGGAAAAAACGCUGUUUUUUGGUUAAAUAAUAAUACUUUUCUGUUUUUAGAUAGUGGUAAAUAGAGAAGACGUGCAAGGGUACGCCUCGAAGACCGUCUUCGAAGCCCUCCAACGUCCCGCUUGUCAUGAAAACAUGGUCAAAGUUGGAGGUUACAUCCUUGGAGAGUUUGGAAAUUUAAUCGCGGGAGAUCAGCGAUCCUCCCCGCUCAUCCAGUUCGAACUACUUCACAGUAAAUACCAUUUGUGCUCGAUCAACACAAGAUGCUUAUUGUUGACCACAUACGUCAAAUUCUGUAAUUUGUUCCCGGAGAUCAAGUCGAGGAUCCAAGAAGUCCUCCAAACCGAUUAUAACUUGAGAAACCCGGAUGCAGAACUUCAGCAAAGGGCUGUGGAAUAUCUACACUUGAGUAAAGUCGCUUCUCCUGACGUCUUGGCUACGGUAAGUGAUCUUUGGAACAGAUUUUGUUAUGAAUAUAACAAUUCUUGCAGAUUUUGGAAGAAAUGCCGCAAUUCCCAGAAAAAGAGAGUUCAUUGCUCGCCAAACUGAAGAAAUCGAAGCCUCGAGUCGAAGAACUGGAGAAUCAAGUAACGGAAAAGAAGACUCGCCCUCAGGCAAUCAUUAACAAUGGAGUCAAUAAAACUGGAAAUCUUGUGGAUAUCUCAGGCAAUUCCACUGCCAGGGACCCACUGGCUGAAGUAUUUGCGGCUACAACGAAUGCUCAGCCAAUUGCCAUCGGGGAUGAGGAGAGUUUGGAGAUCAGCAACAAGGAGAACAUUUACAGGUAGGAUAAUAUCAGAUUAAACAAGGCCACAUUUAUUAGUUUUAUUCGAUCUUUUAUGAUUUCUGUUUUAGUUUUGUCCUACGAUUGGCUGGUGUAAUUUAUGAAGAUGAGCUGAUUCAAAUCGGAUACAAAAUCGAGUCCAAAACUCACCUGGCUAGGUUAAUUUUGUUCUUUGGAAACAAGACCAAAGCCCCAUUCACGGAUGUCCAAACUCUUGUAACUUGUCCCGAUGACCUCGCAACGAGAUUACUAACUCAAGUAAAACCCAUUGACCCUACGAUCCAAGCCUCGGCCCAGGUCCAACAAACAAUUCAUCUUGUCUGUGUCCAAGAUUUCUACACAUUGCCGGUGGCAAAGGUCGUCUUCAACUAUAUGUGAGUUUGAAUUGAUGUCGGGGUAUUUGGACAGUUUGUAAAUUUAUUUCAGCGGGCUUGUAUACCAGUAGAGCGAAAUUAAUAUAAAAUUUUACAUUAUGUAUGACCAAAAAAUGGCUUGAAAAUUUUUUAGUGGCCCUGAUUCGACUCCUCAACGGUUUGCCAAGGCGUUUUAUCUCCCAGUCUUCCUCAACAAGUUCAUCACCCCAUCAGAAAUGCCUGCAGCAACUUUCUUCGAGAGGUGGAAGAUCCUCAGUCAGCCAUCUCAAGAACAUCAGCAGAUCUUUAAGGCCGGCCCAGAUGGAAUUGAUGUCCCUACGAUCCGACAAAAGGUAUGAUUUGACGAAUUGGCGAGUGUUUUUUAUUUUAUGAUUAGUUCGAAAGAAUAGUGUCAUAGUUUCUGUUUUACACUCGAUACUUUCAGCUGGAAAACUUUGGCGCCAAAAUUUUGGAUAAUGUGGAUCCCAACCCGGAUAACUUUGUGGUCGCUGGCAUCGUGGAGACCCGAACAGUAAAUGCCGGAACGCUGAUCCGAUUAGAGCCCAACAAAUCGGCAAAGAUGUUUAGGCUUACAGUAAGAUCUUCGUUGGAUUCCGUAGCCCGAGGCAUCUGCGAACUCUUGAUGAGACAGCUGAAUUAA